AUGCCUGGACAGUAUGUGAAUUCCCGUUACUCCCGACCAGUGAUGUCGGGGAUACGCUGCUUCUGCAACGCUCUGCACCUCUGGGUAUUGAUGCACGCAUCCUCCAUUGUCGUGGUAGUUCAAGAGCGCUGCGAUAAAGGAUUCUUUUGGGAUACACGUCUGCCGGAUAAGUUAACGUACUAUGACGCACUGUAUAAGGUGCCGGCCGGCGAAUGCUUGAUCUUUGGCAUGAUAGUGGGAGUAAUGAAUAGCAUCUAUGUUGCCAGCGGCUGCAAGCUUGUGGGAUCCCAAGAUCUUGCGCAGAUCGGACGCAAGCCGCGUCUGGAUAAAAUCUGCGUCUGCACCCCAUACAUCGGGGCCUUCCUGGGCUGCUGGCUAUUCUCCACCUAUGUGUUGAUGAACCAAAUGUUCAUGAGGCACCCACGUGGCACCAGCCCCGAUAUCUACACCCAACUGAUCAUUGCCCUGCUCUUCAAGUUCCUCAUUAUGGCCAACAUGAUCUCGCUUUGCCUUCGCACCUAUGCCAGACUCUUGAAACUUACGCUGGAGUGGAAUCGUGGAUACAUUUCGACCCUCAAUUUCGGAGAGUGGUUGAAUCUGUUUUUCCGCAAUUGA